ACGUUUACUGAUAGCGAGGAUCGAUGUGUCCGUUUAGAAAACGCUGGUACUCACGAAGCUCCACACGCCUUGAAAGCAAUAUUUGUCUUUUGUCCGGGAACCUUCAAGUUCAUUUCCGCUUCUCUCGCAGACCCGAACUAUACAACACUUUUGAUGUGGCAUCAGUUGUUCAUUACCCCCAGUGCAUCUUGCGAUCCAGGCCACCUCAUCGCGCCCUCUAAUCAUGACACUUUCAGUUAACUGGCUUGACGUUUCUCUGGCUGGUCUUGCGCUCUACUUUGUGAACCAGCUCCUGAAGAAGAAACCUGCCUUUCCACUCCCGCCUGGCCCCAAAGGGCUUCCACUGUUGGGCAACGCCCUCGAUAUGCCCAAAGAAUCACCUUGGCUGACCCUCGCAAAAUGGGGCGAAAAAUACGGGGAUAUAUCCUCCGUCAAAAUCUUUGGGCAGCACAUGAUCAUCGUAAACUCUGCCUCUGCAGCAUUUGACAUGAUGGACAAUAAAGGGCUGGUGUACUCUGAUAGACCUCAGUUGACGGUGGCAGGUGAUAUUGUGGGCUGGAACCAGUGCAUGGUGCUUCUGCAGUAUGGCGACGAUUUUCGGGAACAACGCAAGCAUCUGUAUCGCACUAUUGGCAGCCGUUCUAGCAUGCAAAAAUACGAAAACCUCAUGGAGGGCAACUCCCAACGUUUUCUGCGAAACGUGUUGAGAGACCCGUCUCGUGUGGGCCAUCAUGUACGGACAACUGCUGGGUCAAACAUUCUACGAAUCUCUCAUGGAUACGAAGCCCAGAAUGUUGAUGAUCCUUUUCUCAAAGUGGCCGAUAAAGCGAUGCAUUACUAUUCUGUCACCACGGCUGCUGGCGCAUUCUUUGUGGAUAUUAUGCCAAUUUUGCGGUACCUACCUGACUGGUUCCCGGGCACCCAGUUCAAGACAAUAGGAAAGAACGGACAUGAGAGCUUGGCAGAAAUGACUACCAAGACUCAUGAAUAUGUUAAGGAGCAGAUGAAAGCGGGUACUGCCCUGCACUCUUUUACCUCUGAGCUACUCGAAGAUCGGGAAGUUUCCGCCAAGGAAGAGCAUCUCAUUAAAUGGUCAGCUCUCACACUAUACGCUGGUGGCUCAGAUACGACUGUUGCAGCUAUCCACUCUUUCUUCCUCGCAAUGACCCUGUUCCCCGACGUACAGAAGAAAGCGCAGGCAGAGAUAGACAGUGUGAUCGGCACUAAUAGGCUUCCCACUAUUGCUGACCGCCAGGAUCUCCCUUAUAUCAACGCCAUGGUGCUGGAGGUGUUGCGAUGGCAUGUUCUAGGGCCGCUUGGUGUGGCCCAUGCUUCUUCGGAGGAUGACGUCUACAAUGGCUUUUUCAUACCAAAAGGUUCUAUAAUUGUACCAAAUAUAUGGAAAAUGCUUCAUGAUCCCGAGGUAUACAAAAAUCCGGAGGAGUUCAAUCCAGAUCGAUUUAUCGCUUCUGAGGGAAAACCAGCAGAGACUGACCCCCGUGGAACGUGCUUUGGUUUCGGUAGACGGAUCUGCCCAGGCAUCGUUUUAGCAGAAUUGUCGAUAUUCAUCUCGUGCGCAAUGGUUUCGGCCGUGUUUGAGAUAUCAAAGUGCGUCGAAAAUGGCGUGUCGAUAACCCCUGAAAUUGGACAGACGUCAGGAACUAUAAGCCACCCCAAGCCAUUUAAAUGCGCCAUCACAGUUCGCUCGGAGAAGGCACUCUCGUUAAUUGAAGAAGUUUGAAAAUCCUUGUUUCAAACAUCUGUCCUUGCUUCCAGUGACGUUGACUAGGCACAAUAUUUGUUGGUUUGGUCAUGACUUCCUAGGAAUCGUUCUUUGCAAAAGAUUGUGUAUAUUACGCCUGUAACUGUACGUAAUGACUAUGUGUAUAACUCGAAAGAAAACAAAAAACAAAUCCAUUCGAGUGAGUGCUAUGCAAAAACAGAGAAAUCAAGUCGCUCCAGGCACAAAUAAGUGAAAAACGCAGUUUUUCAAAUAUUCGUGGAACUUGGUACUGAGGCGUUGCCACCAUCAAAGGGAAGGAGAUAUACCUUUUCGGUAUCUUCUUCGAGUAAGGGAUAUUCGUCUCCAUCAAGCUGAAUCUGCUGUUGUCCCAAAAUUGACGAGUGGUGUUGUCUGCAGUAGACAUACCACAUGCUCGCCAGCAGGGACACGGAAAUCACACCGGCCACGAUAGCUCCCACAAGACACACAGCAGUUUUCUUUUGCUCCGCUGAAAAUUCUGCGACGUCGUCAGUGUCGAAUGAUCUCCUGAACAUUCCGCUCGUGUUCGUUACGUUCGAAGGCGCUCCGGAGGAGGUUGUCUGGUUUUGCCUCAAGAGAGCAAACUGUUCACUUGCAAGUGUGGCAUUGGUGACGGGCAGCAUCUGGAUGUAGGGAGCGGCUGUGGUGGUGUUGGAUCCA